CGAACCAGAUAAAGAAAGUGGGCAGAAAAAUGGGGGAGAAAAAGACGAAAAGAUGGGGGCCGAACCAGAACCAAAACCUAGACGAACCACACAGAGAUAGAUAGGCAGAGAGGGGAAGGGAAUAGGCGGGCGGGACGAGGCCAAAACAGACCAACCAAACCCUAGCGCACCUCACCGUCCAUGGAGGCGGCGCUAUGAGCCCUCGCCGUGGUCACCGCGUCGACGUGGCAGCGAUUGGGCGGAGGGGAGGCGGAUGGCGGCCAGAUCGGACGAUCCCGAUGUCUCGCCGGAGUCGUCGUCGCCGGCGGCGGCGGUCGGCGGCGAGAUCUGGGGGACUCUCGAGGAGCUGCUGCUGGCGUGCGCCGUAAGUCGCCACGGCACCUCGAGCUGGGAGUCGGUGGCGUCGGAGGUGCAGUCGCGCAGCCCCUCCGCCGCCGCGCGCCUCACGCCCACCAGCUGCCGCCUCCGUUUCCGCCUCCUUCACCGUCGUUUCGCCGCCGGCGCCGACGUGGACGGAGGCGGGGAACCUGACCCAAACGCGGCCGUGUCCGACGCGUGGGUGGAUGAGCUCAGGAAGUUGCGGGUCGCCGAGCUCCGCCGCGAGGUCGAGCGAUACGAUCUCUCGAUCGGGUCAUUGCAAUCAAAGGUGAAACGGCUGAAGGAGGAACGGGAGAGGAGCCUCUCCGGCGAGACCACGCCGGCGUUGAAGGAUGAACGGGAGACAGGGAACGAGUCGCCGGAGGAGGCCGGCGGUGAGAACGGCCUCUCCGGCGAGGCGUCCGCCCGGUCAUGCAAGGAGUCCAACUCCUCAGAUCUGAAGCCACCGCCGGGGCACGACUCUGGCGGUGCCGCCGCCGACGGCGAUGCGGAGGUGAAGGAUGAGCCGGCCGCCGGCGAGAUGGCCGCGAAGGAUGAGGCCUCCGGCGAGUCGGCGGCCGGGUCGAAGGAAGCCGACGCGGUGAAGGAGAGCAGCGACGUGCAGAGCUCGGCCAGCCCGUCCCGUAAACGGCGUCGCCGGCUGCGGAAGGUAGGCGGUGGCGACGUGGCUUCCACGUCGGCGCCCGUGCCCCUCCCCGCCGCGGUGGCCGAGCCGCUCCUCGCCUUCCUCCAGUCGGUCCGGACCAGCAAGUCCGGCGCCGUGUUCGAGCGGCGGCUCGAGAGCCAGGAGAGCGGCAAGUACAAGGGCACCAUCAGGCGCCACGUGGACCUGGAGAUGAUCAGAUCCAGGCUGGAAUCCGGUGGGGCCGCUGGCGGGCCGGACAGCGCGUGCUACGCGUCAGCCUCCGAGUUCUACCGGGACCUGCUGCUGCUAUGCGCCAACGCUCUCGUCUUCUUCCCGCGUGGCUCGCCAGAGCACGCCGCCGCGACCAGGACUCGCGCGCUCGUCUCCAAGCGCAUCUCCGCGACUCUCCAGAGGGACGGCCUAGGGACGGCGGGGAAAGCUGCUGCCCUGGUCGGUGGUGGCUCCUCGGCGGACGGCGCCAAGAAGGCCAAGGCGGAUGCCGAGGUCGCCGGUUCGCUCCUCGAGAAGGCCGCGCCGAUCAUUGUUUGCCGGAAGCGGAGCUCCAUUGCGAAGGCUGCUGCUGCUAACAAGGAGAAAGUGGAGAAGGAGGACACGGAUGAAGAUGAGGAGUUCGACGAGGGAAAGAAGAAGGGAAGCGCCAAGGACAAAGCCAGGGGUAUGAGGACCAACAAGGGUCGGGCUCCUGUCAGGAACGCAGCUCCAAAUCAGAAAACGGGGAAGGCUUCGGAGAGUGCUGCAGCUGACGAAAGGACGAAGAAAUCUGACAAGAUGGGUGGCAGCGGCAGCGGUGGCAAGGCGGCGGCAGCAGCAGGUGGCGUCAUCAAGAAGCGGAAUGCGGUGGACUUCCUGAAGCGGAUGAAGCAGAACUCAGUGCCGUCAACGGAGAGAGUGUCGUUGCUAGAGACACUGAAACUCUCUGCGACAGAACAGAAGAAGGCUGCCAAGGCUGAUGGCCGGAAAGAGCCGGGCAGCUCCUCCGGCUCCAAGAAGGCUGCCGAGACAGCGUCAGGAGGGAGGAGAAGCGUUGGCCGGCCGCCGAAACGGGCCGCUGCGCCUCCGACGCCUCCACCAUCCAAGAGGGCGAAGGACGACCGGCCGACGAGGAAGCGCGGGAAAAAGUGAGCGAGUGGGAGACAUCAGGAAGCGACGGAGUCUCAGCUGUGUGUACAUGUUGUAGGGUAGGAGCUCCUGGGUCUUUUGAUUCCAGUGUUGUAGGAAAUGGCGCGAUGGAUGGGUUCUAGGAGUUUUUCUUUUGGACGGGGGAUGUACGAAACUGACUUGCGCGCGUCUCUCCGCUCGUGGGACUCGGGGAAACAGUGUUCCCCUUCGAACUGUUGUCCUGUAUGUUUUGGACUAGAAUUUGGAAGAUUUAUAUAGAGAAAAUGCACUGGCGGUACUUGAACUUGA